AUGGAAAGAGCUCGACAAAGGAGGUCCAGGAGUGCUACAAGCAUUGAAUUUGACGGAAUUCAACGGAUUGAGAAACGGAUCCAGAAACAGGAAGCUAUUUCGAAAUUGUCUUCUUCUGAUUCUCAUCCUUAUAUUGAUGGAACCACAAGAAAGGAUAUGUUUAUGCUUGAAUCAGGGUAUAGCUCUCCUAUACGAGCCAUUGGAAUUCAGAUGAAGAAGUUACUGGCAGAAGAAAAGGCAAACGAAGUUAAAGCAACAAGAAGAUCACCAAGUGAUAUACCUAUUUUGAUGAGUCUUGAUGGGCUGCCAAGUCAACGGCAAGUUCAUAGGCAAAGAUCGAGGUCAUCGGAUAGCUAUCGGCAGGAAAAUGCAUCAAUGAGCCCUCAAUGGAGUGGUCAACUUUCGGAUGGCCAUUCGCGUAGGAGAAGCUUAAUGAAAAAGCUAGUGUUCAAAGAAUUAUAUGAAGAUCUGGAAGCUUCACACGUCACUAAUCGGCAUUACUCGUCAAUAGAGAGUUCAAGCUCAAGGCUUACACAAUCUGAGAUGGCACUUGUUCAGCAGAAGUUCAUGGAUGCAAAAUGUCUUUCAAUGGACGCAAAGCUUCAGUGUACAAAACAGUUUGAUGAUACACUAGAGAUGCUCGACUCAAAUGCAAAUUUAAUGCUAAAAUUUCUCCAAAAACCAGAUUCUUUGUGUGCAAAGCAUUUGCAAGAUUUUCAAGUCCACCCUCCCAGUCAGAUAACAGUUUUGAAGCCAUCAAAUUCUGCAAAAUGUGAAGGAAAUGUCAAAGCAUGGGAAUCAGAGAGACAUAUUUCAUGUAAUCAUGACUUCAGCUGUGAUGAGAAACGUGAAGAUGGUCUAUUACUCCAAUUGCACAGUCGCCAUAGAGUUCACGUUUCUCGCAAGUCAGAGGUUCAAUCUGAAGAAAAUGAUGAAAAAAUAACUCUUCCCACAAGCAUUGUUGUUCUCAAGCCAAACCUCAGGAAGAUGCACAACGCAGAUACCUCUCCUGCACUGCCUGAUUACUUACCUGGUUCUCCGUCCAAUGUCAGAAAACUCAAGGAAUAUCCAAUUGUUGGAGGUGCUGAAACACUAUCAGUGGGAGGAAAAGAAUCCUCUGAUGACAUGAGAUUCUUGAAGACCCGUUCAAGAGAAGCUAGAAUAAUAGCCAGGGGAAUUACAAACCAUAUAACACAUGGUUGUGAUGGAAGGAUUGAUCUAAUGUCUUCUAGAGUAAGAGGAUAUGCAGGGGAUGAGAGUUCGUGUGAUGCUUAUGAGAGCGAUUCAGGCAGUGAGUCAGACGUAUUUAAAGUGUCGUCCAGAAAUUCCUCCUGUCAUUAUAACUGGUGUGAAUAUACCUCUUCUGAUUUACUUGAGUCAUCAUCCAUCAGUAGGGAGGCAAAGAAGAGACUUUCUGAGAGGUGGAAGAUGAGUCACAAAUAUCAAGACAUCGAAAUGGUUGCUAAGGCUAGCACACUGGGUGAAAUGCUUGCCAUACCUGAUAGAGAAACAGAACAUGAAAAUGUGAAUGCCAAGGUGGAUCUUAAUAGAGAAUACGAUCGACUUGCUAGAAACAAUGGAACUGUGGAUGAGCCUUCUGGUAUCAGCAGCAGGGAUGGUUGGAAUAGUAAGCUUAUUAAAUCUUCAACUAGAUCAAAAUCCCUUCCUCCAUUCAAAAGUGGUAGAAUUCACAGAAGAAGUGCACAAUGUGAUGCUAUUGCUGAAGACGAAUAUCUCAUGCACAGCGACUCCUUAAGUCGUGGUAGAAGUAAGACUGUGAAGGGAAAUCUGUAUCCGAAAGAAGAUUUUUCACAAAAAAAUUUAACCAGGAGCAAGAAACAUAUUUCGCGACACCGUGCAUUUAUUAGGGAGACAGACUCUUCACUGAAAGCCAGGUUUGAGAUUCAAAUGGAGACAAACCUUGAGAAGGAUCCAUCCGAACAACAGCGCAUGUCUCAGAUGGCAACAGAGGAUGGAACCUGUACAAGUCCCGAGUUAUCUUUAAAAUCUUCUGAGUUGUCUUUGAAGAAGUCUUCUUCAGAGGUAGAAAAUGUCAACACUAUUGCUCACAACGAACCGGUUCACAGUUUCCAGGAGCCACACAAGGGACCACCCCAACAAGGUACAGAUUCUGGCUCUUCUGAAAACUCGCUGCUGGCUGAUGAUCCCAGUCCAGUUUCUGUCCUGCAGGUCCCUUUUACAGAAGACGUAUCAUCUGUUUCUGAAUGCUUUGAGAGAGUCAAUGCUGAACUUCAUGAACUGCGAAUGCAACUGCAGCUCCUCAAGAUGGAGUCACAACCACGUGUUGAGGAGGCAACCACUAUCAUUUCUAGUGAAAAUGACGUGGCACAAAAAUCACAUAAGGUUUCUGAGGAAAACAAUAUGUUAGGAGCUAAAGCCUGGAAAACUUCAUAUGUUCACGAUGUGCUAAUUUGUUCUGGUUUCGAAGAGUCCGACCUCUAUAUGUUUAGGACAACAUGGUACUCCUCAGAAUGCCCUUUGAGCCCAUGGUUGUUCGACGACCUGGAGAAGAAAUACAAUGAUGAGAUAACUGGUUUGAGGGACGAAAGAAGGUUGCUAUUUGACAGAAUAAAUUCAGCACUCUUGGAGGUGUUCCAGCAUCAUGUUGACUUGUACCCCUGGGUGAUGCCAAAGACAAAGAGAGUCAAUUCAACCUGCCAGAAACAAGUGGUUAGAGAUGCUUGUCAAAAAUUGUUAACUGGCCAUGAUUUUGAAGCAGAAGGGAACAUACCGGGAAAAAUACUUGACAGAGAGAUGCAAUGGUUAGAGUUCAAAGGAAAAAUCGACGACAUAGGGUUUACCAGUAGCAAUACUGCUAAUGCAAGAGCUGUGGCGGAGGACAAGAGGAGAGUAUAUGGGAAGCUACCUAAAGGGCCCGUUCCACCAUCUGGGCCGUCCCGUGGAAGUGCUGGCGAUCCGCCAUCACCACCGCCCUCUCAUCCUUCUUUCCCGGCUCAUCGUGUCCAUUAA